CAAAGUAUUUCGAAGGUUUCUGACGAAUUUCUAAAGAAAAUUUGCAAAUUUCAAAGAUAGCAUUUACUGAACUAAAGCAACGCGAUGAAUUUUUGGACCAGAUUGGUUCUGGUAAUGGCUAUUUUAGGUCAUUAUAAGGUUACUGUGUUAAGCAAGGCAAAAGAAGGGUGUGGCGACACGUGUCAGAAAGAAUGCCUUAGUGUACACAACGAAUACCGAGCAAAUUAUGGAGCACAACGACUCGAGCUGGACGGCAGAUUAGCCGCACAAGCUCAAGAGAAGAUCGAUAGAGGCGUCCUUGCUCAUUCCCAGUCUAUAAAAUCCAAAGGAGGAGAGUCAAUAGCCUGGGGAUCACUCUUCCCGACAUUCACAUCGGCCAUUAAAAGCUGGCAUGACGAAAAAGUGAAUUUUGAUUUCGAAGAUCCGAAACCCUUGAGUGAAGGCAAAGUUGUCAGAAACUUCCUUCAGAUUGUGUGGAAGGGGACUCGUAAGAUUGGGUGUGCCCGAGGACCUCUGUACGGGAAGCCUUGGUAUGUGGUACAUUAUGACAUUGCACCAUCGCAAGGCGAUGCUGCUGCCAUCAGGGAAAACGUUGGCAAACCGAAAGAGGAUGACAUGGGAUGGUUUAGGGACAGUUCUCCAUUUGCUCAGGACUUCGAAAACCCUCGACAAGUCUAAAGACCUACCAAACUGGCCCAAACCCGAUAAGCAUUAUGUUAUAAACGUAAAACCUUGCAGUCAUCAAGAUCAGCAUUCCUGCACAAAGAAACUUUCCUAUAAUUCUCUCGAAAAUGAAGGAAAUGCAAGAAAUAGUAAAAACAUCAAAUAUUUUUAACACUGAAAAAGUCCGUGGUCACGGAUCAAUGAAACGUCUAUAAAAAUGUUUCAAAAAUUUUAAGUCAGAGACAAUUAUUUCAAGUAAUAUUAUGAACCCUGACUACAACUAUAGUAGUUUUAACAUUUUCAUUGCAUAAAAAUUUCAAUUAUUUUUCAUUUA